CUUUGAAAUUAAGUAAAAUUAAUGUUAAAAUUUAAAUCAACAACAAAAUUGUACACUAUUUCUCAUUAGACAGAUAUGUCAACAAAGUUAAAGUUGUAUUUAGGAAGGAAGGUAAUCGAUUCUCUGCAUAAAUCAACAAAAUAUUCUCCCUCUGAGUUGCAAUCUCUGAUACAAAUAGAUAACAGCAAAGAUAGCCAAAAAAUUGAAUUGAAUUUACCUUUGAAUUUCUUAGAAACAGAACUUGGCGUAACAAACAUUACAGAAAUUUUAAAAAUCCAGCCGGAUGACAUAAUUAAAAAAAUUCACUUGAUAAAAGAUCGUGCGAAUAGGAAGAUCUCCUUUGAGAUUGACAAGGGAAUGUUCAUAAAAGACGUUCUAGAAAAUUGUGCACAACCCGACUUAAAUUUCAAACCAAAGAAACUAGUAGUGGACUACAGUUCUCCGAAUAUAGCAAAGCCGUUUCAUUUCGGUCAUCUCCGAUCAACAAUUAUAGGAAAUUUUAUCAGCAACCUCAACUUAUUCUUAAGAAACAAAGUGACACGUUUGAAUUAUCUCGGGGAUUGGGGAACGCAGUUUGGCUUGAUAAAGGUAGGUGUCCAGGAUUUGCGAUACACUUCCGAGGAUAUUCAAAAGGAUCCCGUAAAAUUACUAUAUCAAUGCUACGUCCACGCCAACAAAUUAGCUGAAAAUGAUCCCAGUGUAUUAGAAAAAGCGAAGACUGAAUUCACGAAAUUGGAAAACGGUUCCGAAGAAGACUUACGGCAUUGGAGAGAGUACAUGUCUUACACAAAAAACGAACUUCAACAGACGUACUCUAGGCUAGGCGUUGUUUUCGACGAGUACAACUACGAAUCUGACUACAGCGCGAAGGAAAUCCACGGUAUUUUAGAAAUACUACGUAGGAAAAACGUCAUACGCAAGGAAAAGGACGGCAAGGAGGUGGCGAUGGUGAACGACCGAAAAGUUUCUGUAGUUAAAAGCGAUAAUACGACUCUGUACUUGACAAGGGAUAUAGCGGCCGCUAUCGAUAGAUUUAAAAAGUACAAUUUCGAUCGAAUGUAUUACGUCGUCGAAAACGGACAGAACGAUCAUUUUCACGCGUUGAAGGAUAUACUGAAUAAGAUGGACAUGCCGUGGGCGCACAGGUUGACACACGUUAAGUUCGGUAGGAUUCGCGGGAUGAGCACUAGGAAAGGCACUGCGGUUUUUUUGAAGGACAUUCUGGACGAGUGCAGGGACAUCAUGGUUAAGAAACAGUUGGAAUCUCCAACUACAAAAGUGCCCAUCAACGACGGGAAAACGGCAGAUAUCUUGGGAGUUUCAUGCGUCAUAGUGAACGAUCUCAAACAGCGGAGACAGAAAGAUUACGAUUUCGAUUGGGACAGGGUCCUGCAAGUUCAGGGUGACACGGGCGUGAGACUGCAGUACACCCACUGCCGGCUCUGCAGCUUGGAGAGGAACUCGGGGGCGGUGGCGGCCAGGGAGUGCGUUCCUCAAAUGUUGGACGAACCGGAAGUGGUGGUUAUGCUGAAGGAACUGGCGAAGUUCCACGACGUGCUGCACAGGUCCAACGAACAGCUGGAGGCCCAUAUUUUGUGCAUUUACCUGUUUCACUUGUGUAAUCACAUAAACAAAGCUUUAAAGACUCUGCAAGUCAAGGGGAUGGGCUCAGACGUCGCAUCGCAGAGACUGCUCUUGUUCAACACUGCCAGGGAAGUAUUAAAGAACGGGAUGAUUAUUUUAGGUCUUCAACCGUUAGAUGAAAUGUGAUACUUAAUAUUUUUAUAAACGAAUAUAGAACUUUACAUAUAUAUUGGUUUUUAGUUACGUUUUUGUGAUUUUAUGCCGGAAACUUCUUAAAUCGUUCAAAGCUAG